AGAGGGCUUCGAUGACUGGAAUACACAGUCUUCUUGGCCAGCAGCCUUCCUCUACAGGGUCCCCACUAGGAAUGAUGGGAUUGAUGUCAAUGCUUUCUCAAAUGGGAAUAAGGUCCAAUCAACUUCCGGGAAAAACAAGCAACAACCAAUCAAAUUCAAACAAUUUAUCUCAAAUGGGAAGCAGGUCCAAUCAGCUUCCAGAACAAACAAGGGGUAGCCAAUCAAAUUCAAAUAAUUUGUCUCAACAAAGAACACAAGGUCAGUCUGGGAAUUCAAAUGAGAGUGACUCUUCUGAUGUAUUCUCUCUACUGCAUAACAUUUGUGGUAGAGUUUCUGGAUUGCGAGCGGAGGAAAAAAGGAAAACAGAAGAAGCAGAGGAGACGAAGAGGAGGGAAGAAGAAAAAGCGAAGGAAGAGAAAUCACAAUCAGUAGACAAUGCUUCAGGAAAUACAACGGACGCAAAUAUUCCAGAGGAAAUAAGAAACCAAGAUACAGAUUAUGAACAUUCAAACCUUAUGAAUAAGAAAUUAGAGGACCUUGAACAAAGACUUCUGAGUCAUGUAGACUCUAAACUUAGUGAGAUGGAAAAACGUAUUAACUCAAGACUUGACGAAAUCUUAAAAUUACUUCAGACCAGAGAUGCCAUAUCAACAACAGAAUCCUGACACAGAGCACUGAGACUUAUAUUUUCUGUGAAAUUUCUUUUAAGUUUAAUGGUUGUCAAAUGAAAGCCAGGCAUUAUGUUUUCUUAGGACCUAACCUUUGAAAAAAAAUUCUUUAUUAUUUUAUUUAAAAUUUUCCUACAGUUUUUGUAAUCAUGCUUUAGAGUGAUGUGAACAAUAUACAAAAGUUUUGAUGAUGGUUAAUUAUAUCAGUUUAAAAUCUCA